AGAGCGCGCUCCCCUGGUAAAUGCGGCCGCGGCGGCCCCAGCUCCCGGCGCCCGGCGGGGCUUACAUGGCGCUGGAGGAUCUGCUUUGUGUCUGCUUCGCCGUGCUGACCGUGCAAGGGAGGCUGUUGGAAGGGGAUUCUGUGGAGCUGAGCUGUAGUGCUGGUCCUGCAAAGGUGAUAUUGGAGCCAAACCAAGUCGUGGUUUUGGACUGUAACCUGGCCCCUGCUGAGCAGGUGAUCAAUAUCACAUGGAAGAGGAAUGGGUUUCCACUAGUGGAGCAGGAACAUCUGCACGUGCUUCCAAAUGGAUCGCUCUUCAUCUCAUCGCAGGCUAUGGCAAAGGACAGUAAAUACUCUGAGAGAGCUGAUGCUGAGGGUAAUUACUCCUGUGUGUCCCACAGCUCCCUAGGGGCUGUCACCAGUCAAACGGCUGCAGUCAGAUUUUCAAGCUUGGCACGCUUCUUCCAACAGCCGGAGUCGCAGACAGUGGAAGAAAAUGGCAUGGCUCGGUUUGAGUGCCGCAUCGAAGGCUUACCUUCCCCUGUCAUCACGUGGGAGAAGGAUCACGUAGCUGUUCCAGAAGAACCCAGGUUUAUAACUCUUCCAAAUGGUGUGCUCCAGAUUGUUGACGUGCAGGAGAGUGAUGCAGGGGUGUACCACUGCGUGGCCAGCAAUGCUGCUCGCAAGCGCUACAGCAACGCUGCAGUCCUCAGUGUCCUGAAAGGUUCCCAGCCAGCAGGAGGAGAUGUCACCAUCAUUGCUGCUCCGGAGAACACCACGGUGGUGGCAGGGGAGAGCGUGGUGAUGGAGUGCAUGGCAGCUGCUGAUCCCACCCCGUUUGUCUCCUGGAUACGGCAGGAUGGAAAGCCUGUUUCCACAGAUGUGAUCGUGCUGGGUCGGACAAACCUCCUCAUUCCUUCCAGCCAGCCCCAUCACUCUGGAGUAUAUGUUUGCCGUGCUAACAAACCCCAGACCAGGCAGUUUGUUACAGCUGCGGCUGAGCUCCGGGUCCUGGCUACGCCCAGCAUCUCCCAGGCUCCUGAAACCAUCUCGCGCACCCGAGCCAGCACGGCUCGAUUCGUCUGCAAGGCGGAGGGCGAGCCAGCCCCCACCAUUCACUGGCUGAAGAACGGCGAGGCCAUCCUCUCCAAUGGGCGAGUGAAGGUCCAGAGCAGCGGCAGCUUGGUGAUCAAUCAGAUCGGGCUGGAGGAUGCUGGCUACUACCAGUGCGUGGCUGAGAACAGCCUGGGCAUGGCGUGCGCCACUGCCAAGCUCUCCGUGAUCGUGCGGGAGGGUUUGCCCAGCGCUCCCAAGAAGGUCUCAGCCGUGUCCCUCUCCAGCACCACAGUCUUAGUGUCCUGGGAGCGGCCAGAGUACAACAGCGAGCAGAUCAUUGGCUUCUCGUUACAUUACCAGCGGGCUGUGGGAACAGAUAACGUGGAGUACCAGUUUGCUGUCAAUAAUGAUACCACCGAGCUGCAAGUCAAGGACCUGGAACCCAACACCAACUAUGUCUUCUAUGUGGUCGCGUAUUCUCAGCUUGGAGCCAGCCGGACAUCCUCUUCCAUAGUUGUUCAGACCUUGGAGGACGUUCCUAGUGCUGCUCCUCAGCUGUCCCUGUCAAGCAUGACUCCUGGUGACAUCCGUGUGACGUGGUUACCUCUUCCUCCGGAGCUGAGUAAUGGCAAGAUAACGAAGUACAAGAUUGACUACUGCACUAUCAAGGAAGCAGAUCAGGUUAACUCCAUUGAAGUGGGUGGAAAUGAGACACAAAUCACUCUGUACUCGCUGCAUCCCAACAAGGUGUACAAAGUGCGCAUUGCAGCCAGCACCAGCGUGGGCUAUGGGGCCCCGUCUGAGUGGACCCAGCAUCGGACACCUGACAGGGACAACCAGACACGUGUUCCAUUUGCACCAGCAGAAUUAAAAGUCCGAGCGAAGAUGGAGUCUCUCCUGAUCACUUGGCAACCCCCAGCCAACCAUGCCCAGAUAUCAGGCUACAAACUCUACUACCGGGAGGUGGGCCAGGAGGAGUCCAGUGAUGAAAGCCCUCUGGAUGGCGCUGAAGAUGAGAGCUGGGACGUAGGACCUAUAAAGCUAAAGAAGAAAGUGAAGCAGUAUGAACUGACUCGACUAGCUCCUGGGAAGCUCUAUGAGGUGAAGCUGGUGGCGUUCAAUAAGCACGAAGAUGGUUAUGCAGCAGUUUGGAAGGGCAAAACAGAAAAGGCGCCUGCAACAGCAGUAGAUCCCCCUGUGCAGAAGGGUCCUCCACUGCCUCCAGUCCAAGUCUAUGCAGAGUCCAACAGCUCAACUUCUAUAUGGCUCAGAUGGAAGAAACCUGACUUCACCACUGUCAAGAUUGUCAACUACACCGUGCGCUUCAGCCCUUGGGGCCUGAAGAAUGCCUCCCUUGUUACGUACUACACAAGCUCGGAUGAAGACAUUCUCAUUAGUGGGUUGAAGCCCUAUACCAGAUAUGAGUUUGCUGUGCAGUCCAAUGGUGUUGGUAUUGAUGGGCCCUUUGGCAGCGUGGUGGAGCGAUUCACCCUUCCUGACCGUCCCUCGACCCCUCCAUCUGACCUGCGGCUGCACCCCCUCAACCCCUAUGCAGUCCAGGUGCACUGGUGUCCCCCUGCUGAGCCCAACGGCAUCAUCGUGGAGUACCUCAUCCUGUACAACGCCAACAACACGCAGCCUGAUGAAAUGUGGACCUUGCUGACACGAGAAGGAAAUAUCUUCAGCACUGAGGUGCAUGGCCUGGAAAGUGAUACCAGAUACUUCUUCAAGAUGGGAGCAAAGACGGUCGUGGGAUCUGGUCCCUACUCAAACGUGAAGGAUGUGCACACCCUCCGGGAGAAGCUGUCUGAUGUCCUGGAUAUCCACUCUGUCACGGGAAUCAUUGUGGGAGUCUGCCUGGGGCUGCUCUGCAUACUCUUCUGCAUGUGUGCCAGCUUCCGCAACAGCAAGCAGAGGGAGGCUCUGCCAGGCCUGGAUUCCCAAGCAACUGGCAACCAUACUUAUUACCAUCGGGGCAGGCAAGGGGUGGCUGCUCCCUGUGCUACCUCGGACACACAUGAGCUGGAGUCCCUCAUGUCCCCACUGCCAGAGGAUGCACCUGUGCCCCUGGGAGACAUCACAGAACUGACAGAAGUGCACAGCCUCAUCCACACGAGCCUCCCUGAAGACGCUGUCCAUGGGAAGAGGAAGUCUUCAUGGAAUAAAUCAGCUAACCAGCCCUGGACAAACAGCACAGCCAGAUAUAGGGACACUAUCACAAAAGAGCCUCUCCCUGCUGUGAACGGAUCACUGAAGCUCCCUUCCAGUGCAGGACAGAAGCUUUUGUUCCAAGCUCUGGUUUAUGAUGCCAUGAUGAAUGAAGUAAAGAAGAGUCACCCGCCAGCCAGCCUCCACCAAGUGGAAGCAGAGGUCAUUGUUCAUUCUGAUUUUUCAGCCUCCGACAGAGACUGUGACUCCCAGCUGCGCACCCUGGAUACUCAAGAGACAGAAACCGAGGAGCAGGACCCUGAAGAGUUUUCCUCUGGUGACCUGGCUCUCCCCAGCUCUCCCAGCACCCAGCAGGAUGCUCUCCAAGCAUUGAUGGACUGCUCGGGCAGCGUGGAGGCUCAGACCCAGGAUGAGCUGUUGUAUGCCACCAGACAGACUAACACAGCAGAGGCCGUUUGCAUCCCUGGGCUCACCAAUGGCUUCCACAGGAACGGGGAAAGUUUGGAUUCAGUGGAGAGUGGAGAUUUGGACUCCAUCCCGGAAGGCAGGGGGGAUGUGCAGGCAGUCAAGUGCCAGGCGCUAUCUGUGGCCCCAGAGGAGGCUCCCCUGUGUAGUAACUCUGGUUUAACCAGUUCAUCCUCAGCAUCUGAGAACAUAGCAUGUGUCCACAAUCAUUGAAGAGUAAACUAAUCUGAUUUUGAUCAUGGGAGAGCUAGAAGCACCGCUAAGGGCCUGUUCCCUUGAGGUACUGCAUGCCCUCGGUUCACUGGAUCGAGCUAAGAAGGUGCAGCAUCUCACCAGAACGGGGUUAGGACCUGUCAGCUGUACAUAUCGCCUUCAAGAAAUCAGUAGGUAGACUGAUAAGGGCCCAUCUUUCUGCUGAAGCUAAUGAGCAACCUGGUGUUCUGGGAGCAGAACUGAGGUGUCUGCCGAAGACUGACAUGAAACCACAGCUAGAGCAGAGCCUUCUGUGUUGGGCUGGUGCCAUCACCUCACUGUAGGCCCCUGUACGCCUGGCAAGAGGCACGGUGUGCUGAGCCAGUCUCCUCAACUUCUCUUGUCCACGGAGGCCUUGGACUACCUGCUGCCUUCUGGUGUUGGGAUGGACUUUGUCAGAGUCCCACACGGGGGUGGAACCAAUGCAACAAACAGAGCUGUAACCACCAGCCUUUUCUGCCCUCCCGUGGUUAAAAGGAUUAUAAGGCUCUCUUGGUACGCUGCCACAGUAACCAUUGCUAGCAGGCUGAUGUAGUGGCCUUUUAUUACACACUCUACGAGUGCCUCUAACAACUUGUACUGUAUAGAACCUUCUUUGGUGUCUGGGUCAUUUCACCAACCUGGACUUUGUUUUAUGAAGGUUCUUGUACCUAAUAUUUUAGGUACGCAUCUGUCCUUUUAAUGUACGACAUGUAUUUUUAUUUCCUUGGAGCAUCUUUAUAUUAUUUAAUUUUAUGAAGUGGAGUAGCGUGUGGUAUAGAGUAGCAUUUUUACUACUUCUCUCUUUCCUUUGUUUUUUUUGUCCUCCCUAACAACACAACUACCUCAUGUCUGUUGGAGAAAAAAGCAGUAGAUCUACUCUUUUGUUAUAGUCCAUUAUAGGUUUUAACUUAUUCUUAUACUGCCUUUUUCUAAAGAAUAUGUUUGCACUGGUUGUUGACUAUUUUUUUGAAUAGUGCUGCAGAGCUGAUGUCUAUCUUGCUUUGUUUCUAAGUAUUGCUUAGACACGUUCCCUACAGCUGGAGGGGGUUGUGUUUCUUUGUAGGACUGUGUUUUACAGGAGCUGGCCAAAGGAGACUGCUUCAGCUGGCAGGAUGUUGAUCAGUUUUUCUUUAAGAAAUUUAUGCUAGCAAAGAGGAAGAAAAGAACCAACAAUUACAAAAUUAACUUGUGAGCCUGGGGACAUCUUUUGUGCUCAAAUGGAGACCACUCAUGCUCAAGUUCCAGAGAGCAACUCGGCCUCCCAUAAGCAGUGAGCUUGCUGAAGGUUUUGGAUGAACAGGAGAUAAUUUCUCAUCGUUUCUGAGAACCCUCUCAAUGUGCCCUGCGUUGGAGCUGAGCUGGACCAGCUUUUGUCCUUGCUGCCAGACUGCUGUUCAGCAGGGAACCUCUAAGCCUCCAUGUACACUGUUGGGAAGCUGUUGUUGAAGCUUCCACCUUUCCCCAUCCUACAGUUUCUCCCCCCAGCAUGACACUCUGUUACACGUCUGUACUUCUACUUGUUGACUCAGCUGCUCCAGUUGGUGUUUGGAGCGACUCCAGCCCAGGAGUCUCAGAAAUGCUGUUCUGGGCUCUGAAGCACCAUGGCUGAAAAGCAGAGGCUGGAAAUCAUUGCUAGGCAGGAGUUAAUGCAUGAAGCUAGAAAGCCAUGAUAACUGGGCAGUGGAAGUGCAUAAUUAACCUCCAAGAACUCACUGCCACAAGACUUUGAAACUAACAACUUAGCAGUGUUACCGAUAAGGCAGUGAAGUGUUAUUGCAGGCAAUAAGGGUCAUUCACAGUUAUAUGAGAGCGGAUGCAAUUGCAGGAGUGUAAACCCUCCAACUGGGGACUAUCAGGCACCAGCUGUGGAGGUGGGGGCAGAUUUCUGUAGCUGGACCUGAGCUGAGCAGUUUCGUGGGGGAGUCCUUGCCUGGACAAGCCAUGCUAACUUUGGUGUGCAAAAGGAGAUGAAGACCACGCUCCAAAAAAGCUCGCUCUAGAAGAAUAUCUGUGACUUCUUUCAUCUCCAAAGCCAAGUUGGCAUCUGCAAGCAUGAAAGCACGUCAAAGGAUUACUUCCACUGAUAUCCCACUGCUGGAGGGCAGUGCCAGGAGGAGUUGGGCCCACAGCAGGCACAAUGGAUGUUGGAGCUCUGCUGGCUUCCUGUGGUCAUGCUGUAUCUGGGGCAGGUCACGUGUCAGCCCUGAUCUUUCCAUACAGAGGACUUGUGUGGAUGGAGGCUUAGUCCCGUGGCUGAUGAGGGGCUGUGCCAUAGGGACACUCCUAGGUACAUCCACCCUCUGCUUUGUCUGUACCAGCUUUAGGAAUCACAUAACCAUGGGCUGAGCAAUGCUGAUUAGCCCAUUAUCCAUCCCUGCCUGUCAUGGAAGCCCGCACAAGCAAGCAUGGUGUGGCACUGCUCACCUGGAUCAUCUUGGGCAAGUCCCAAACCACUGGGUUAGCUGCAUAGUCUGAGAGCAGAGUGCUCUCCUUAAGCACCACAGAAAUUCUUUGUUUCCUCAUGUUGAGGCUUCUGAAGCAUGAAGCUUGGAUGUCCAGGUGCUGCGUGACAGUGGACUGAGGCAGCAAACCUCAGCUGCAGAAAUCAGAGCAGGUCUCUCAGAAACAAGAGAUCACUGCUGAUUGGCAGCAGCAAAGCUGAUCUCUGUGCCCUCGUUUGGUGCAGCUGUACCCCAGUCGUCCCCCCCAUGCUGAUUGGGCACAUGUGGGACUGGAUUAGAAGUGAAAGGAAGAAGACAGAUAACAUACAUUUCAUGUAAAGCUUGAAACAACCAGUGCGUAUAUUUUUUUAUCAUGAAAUAAGUAGCUUUCUUGCAAAUUUCUCACAGACGCUCAAACUGUUGAUACCUUUAAUUACCCAUUGUACUUAAUAUAUGUUCCUAAUCAUCAGGCUCCCUUCCCCCUUUUCUCCCUUCCAGUAACACUAAAGGUUAUUGCUAUUCAGCUUUUUGCCAGUGUGUGUUGUUUUACUUUGUUAAAAUGUCAAAUCUGUCUCUCUGGCAUAAUUUUGUGGUAUUAAUGUUACCGUUUGGCUACACAACUGUAUAUUUCCAUGCUGCUGUGAGUCACAAUUCUUAUCCUUUUCUUCUUUUAGAUCUUUGUUAGAUGAAAUACACGACUGAGCUGAAUAUCUCAACUUUGCAAUUUGAUUUCUUACUUAACAGACAGUAAGGUUCUGGUUUAAAUAGUUAAGAUGAGCUAACUUAUAACCUAGGCUUUGAGAAUUUGUUAUGUUACUAGCUAAUAAUCCUGAGAUCAGCCCAUGAACACACCUAUAAGAAAACACCCAUUGUAGUGGAUCGCUGUGUAUGUUUUUGAUCUCAUUAGAAAUAGAUGUUUGGAAGGGAUCGUUGUGUCUUUUCUAAUCAAUACCCUUGUUAGAAAAGAGGUGUGUAGUCCAGCAGAAACCUACCAUCUAGUUCUGUUAUCAUGUUCCUAUGCUAAUAUUUUAAAAUUAAAUUUCGUUUCACUUUCUGCACAGUGCAUAAGGAUGUGUAACCAGAGCUUGGUCUUGUUUGAAGAUUGUGUCUGUAUUUGGUUCCAUGCUGUACUUAAUUAUAACUUUCUUUCUUCAGAGACUGUUCUUACUCCACAAAUACUCGAGUGCUAAAGUGUAAGAAAACGUUGUCCUUAUAUUCCUUAACUAAUGGAUUAUUAAUAAAACCCUAAAAAACCUCACACGCACAACAGAAAACCA